GGAACGACAUGUUUCAUUUCAAGUUCUCUAGCAAUAGAAGAAUUAACAACGAAAAGUUCACUGAAGUUCAAGGAUUUCGAGAGCCGAAAUCGUAAGACAUGUUUGUAUCUCGGGUACUGGCAAUUGCCUUUCUGCAACUCUACUUCGUGGAGGAAAUUUCAGGACAACUUCCAGUAACUAUGGGGAUAUUUUCCGGGCGUAAAGAUCCAGAAUGGGUGAUUCCAGGCACUCAUCCGAAGAUGGUGAAAAUCCAACUACUUCUGGUUGCCGCAGAAAAGGCUAAAACCUUUCACCCUAAAAAAAAAAUGCCACCAAGGUUGGGUUACAAGGGGUUCAUCGUAGUAUACAAAAAUGCAAAGCGCUUGAUUUUGGGCCCGAAAACGGUGGAUCUUCAAGAAGCUCUGUUCGCGACCAGGCCAGCAGGCACGAUACCAGAUACGAUCGUGGCGGAAAUUCUAGAGACGAUCAAAGCAGGAACUGUACUCCCCAUGAAACCUGUUCGAAGGAAGCGUUAUGCACCGCCGUUUAACCCAGCUCCCUAUAUGUUUGACGACGUGAGAGAGGACAACAACUGCUACAAUUACGCAAACAUCAGAAUCACCGACACCUAUGCACAGCCUGGUAGAGGUGCAGGAGCACUCUUUAUCGCACUUACUGGCGCUGCAGUGCAAGCUGGUGCAAUCGCCGAUGGAUUGGCUGUUGUUGCGAACGGCAACUUCCCUGUAGGACCAAGACAUGUGGUGGCUCUUGUAAUUUGGCCCGGAGUCGACUUUCACUUCUUCCUUAGAGAUAACGAUGGUCAUUGGUCUCAUAAGCCUGGCGAGACCAGUGUCACCCGAACUGAUAACUCGGGUAAUUUGAUUAAUGAUCCGUCCGCAGCGGGUGUUGACAUGAACGGGUACGUAUUUCACUGUUUCAUGACCACCAAUAGGAACACUGUCAAUAUCCUUUAAUCAUCUGUAAUUGAGUGGUUACAUCAGCAAAUACCAGCCAAUAGCUCUGUAAAUGCGGUUUGGCAAAUAAAAGAGUACUAAUUACUCAC